GCGAGGUGGCAGCCAUGCCCCCGAGGAAGGCCCCGGCCAAGCGGCGCAGCACCGAUUCGGGCGUGGAGCGCGACCGCGGGGCCCUUUCUCAGGAGAAGAAGGAUCAGCGCAUCGCGCUCUUCCUCAGCGAUUUCGACCAGCAGGCCAAGGAAAGCAUCCGGGAAAUGAAGAAAGAACUCGAUUUGCUCUUACAAAUGGCUGAGAAAGCGUUCAUGGUGGAACUGCUGAAGAUGCCGACUGCUAUCAGAAAGAUGAAAAGGAAGGACUUGCUUAAUUUGCAAGAAGGGGAGGAAGUGGCCCUUGCUGCUGCAGCGACUGACUGUGCUCUACAAGACGUACCAAGCCCAAAAGUGACAAGGACCAACAGCAAAAAAGUUAAGGUAACUACAAUUGUUGAAUACGAAGAUGCCAAGUACACAUCUGCAAAGAAAAUACCUAAAAAAGUAUCCAAAUCAAAGUCGCUGGUUUCAUUGAGCUCUGGUUUAAAUAGCAAACCGCACAGUCUUUCUAGGUCUGUUUACUCUUCCACAAGUGUAAGUGAGGCCGUUAAGACUCCUGCCUCUGACUGCAGUGCCACAAAUUUCAAAGCCAUGCCAAAAGUAUCAAAAAGUGCUGGACUACAACAAGCUGUCUCAAGAACUGUACCUACGAGUGAAAGAGUUCAAGGCAUGGUACUAAGAAGUAAAUCAGUACCCCAAGAUAAAAUGGUUCCAUUUGUAAACAUUCCCUUGGCUGAUGGACAGACACUCUGUAUGGCUGGUGGAGACCUCCGUAACAUUGAUGUUCAACUACUAAAUCAAGAUACAGUACAGCACAUUCAUAACCUAGUGAGCGAGCUGACUGUAUUAUGUGGAAAGGCUACUGCUAAGUCAAGUUAAUGGACCUAUCUCAUGACAACAAUAUUCAUGACUGCUCUUACUUUCCUUCUCUGAAGUGUUCAGAGAAUAUCUACAGUGUCUUAAUAAAGCUGUGUACUGCUGAAUAAAUAUUUUUUUACAUAAAAGCUUACAAUUUGAUCUAUGUAUUAAAUUUUCCUUAUUUCUGUAAAGGAUACAAAUGCCAAGGAAAACAAUUUUACUUUUCCAACUUUGUACAAGCCUUUAGCUGGCAUUUUAGCUCAGUUCACAGUAAAAGGAAAAAUAUCUUGAUGUAGCAAAUAAGAUUUAAGGUCUAACUGAUAUUUCUACACAGCUACAAGUAGGAAGCUACUUAAUAUUACAGUUUACAUUGUUUCAGGCAUGCAUGGAAGAAUUACUAUUUCACUACUGGUUUGCUGUUACUAUUCUUGCCUGGUAUUCCCCAAUGGCUGUCUCAAGAGAUUUUAAUAAGACCUUUAAGUUGACAUGCAAGUUUUCCAAUUCUUCAAGAUAUUACUGGUAACAUAGAUAUAAAUGUAACACAGAAAUAAACUAAAUUAUUUCCAGUCUUACGUUGUGAUAUAACUUGCAAGAU